AAGUAGGCCACUGACUACCUUGGCGUAACACUUGCCAGGCUCUCCUUUAGUCAAGGACUGUCUAGCUGUCUUGCAGGAGUGUGGAGCACCGUUUCAUGCGUUUGCUGAGACUAUGUUGGAUCUGUUGAGUAUCCUGACGUCGGUGGCGUUGGCGUUGGUGACGGUGUCAUUGCUGUUCAUAUAUGGUAUGUCUAGUUACACUGUGUUCAAGAAGACCCGGAUUCCUGGUCCUCGGCCGAUUCCAUUCCUGGGCAACCUUCUGCCAAUGGCCAGAAGGGGAUUUGUUUAUCCGUUGUUGGAGUGGAAAGAAAAAUUCGGACCUGUUUUCGGUGUCUAUUUUGGUCACCAGCCUGUUGUAGUCGUGUCGGACCUUGAAAUGCUGAAACAGAUUGAAGUGAAAGACUUCAGCAAGUUCCAGAACAGAUGGGACAUUGAUUUGUACCCCAACCCCAUCAACAAGGGCAUCUUCUUUGAGAAGGGGGCUAACUGGAAGCGGAUCCGAAGCACCAUCAGCCCAACGUUCAGUGCCAGCAAACUGAAACUGAUGUGCCAUCAAAUUAAUGUGUGCGCAGAGAAGCUGUCUCAGAAACUGGAAGAAGUCACAUCAAGGGGACAGCAAGUCGAGAUCAAGGAUUACCUGUCUAGUUUUGCCAUGGACGUUAUCCUUAUGACAGCUUUCGGGAAGAAUUUAGACUCCCAGAAAAAUGCAAGCGACCCCUUCGUCAAGAACGCCUGCAACAUUUUCAAGGAUAGCGUCUAUACCCAGCCAUUCGUCUUCCUCGCCACUUUGUUUCCUAGCAUGGAGAAGCUGGGGAAGAAGCUUGGGGUGUCUGCAUGGCCUAAGGAUGCUGUCAACUUCAUCAUCAAAACUGUCAGGGAGAUAGUCGAGGAAAGGCGUCAUGAACACGAAUCCAAGAGUCAAGACUUCCUGCAGUUGAUGUUGGACGCUGAGAUGCCAGACGCCGAUGACGUUGACCACCAUGACGCCAACGGCAACGUUGACAAAAACCAAAAACGUCUCACGGAGGACGAGAUUAUCGGACAAGCGUUCCUGUUUCUGAUCGCGGGGUAUGAGACGACAGCCUCGGCAUUGCAGUACAUGACGUACGCACUUGCGACGAACCCAGAUAUUCAAGACAAAGUCUACGAGGAGAUUGACACAGUUCUCGGAGACGAGGAGCCUAGCUAUGAGAAUAUCAUUCAGAUGCGGUACAUGGAACAGGUGUUCAACGAAACCCUCAGGAUGUUUCCUAUCGUCCCGAUAACGACGCGCGAGGCAAUGGAAACAAUGACUAUCAAUGGGUACCAGAUUGACAAAGGAACAGCCGUGGCUGUUUCAAUCUACACCCUGCACCACGACCCCAUGAACUUUCCUAACCCGGAAGUUUUCGAUCCUGAGAGGUUUUCGCAAGAAAAUAAGAGAAAAAUUAACCCUGUAGCUUUCCAUCCGUUUGGCUACGGCCCUCGGAUAUGUAUUGGUAUGAGGUUAGCGCUAAUGGAGGCAAAGUGCGCCAUGGUUCAUAUGUUGAGGAGGGUCAAGCUUGUCCAGUCUGAGGAAACAGAGGUGCCACUCAAGUUCGACAACAACAGGAUAAUGAAGCCUGCACGCCCAAUCCGUCUAAGAAUUGAACCAAGAACCAAAGCAUAGAAACUUCCAACAAAAUUCCUCUGCUGGCACUCUCAUUAUGUGUAAUUGAGCCAUAUGUAUUGUCAUAUAACAGCCAAAUAUGCAUAUCAGUGUGUCUCUAGAUGAUAAUCAAUAUGAAUAUGGUCUUCCGCAACCCAUGCUUGUCGUAAAAGGCGACUAACGGGAUCGGGUGGUAAGGCUCGCUGACUUGGUUGACACAUGUCAUCGUAUCCCAAUUGCGUAGAUCGAUGUUCAUGCUGUUGAUCAGUUGAUUAUUUACAGACCGCCGCUAUAUAGCUGGCAUAUUGCUGAGUGCGGCGUAAAGCUAAACUCACUAACCCACUGUCAUAAGCGUUUCACUUUAUCGAUAUACUGGAGUUCGUUGACCGAAAUUCCAAUGCGCUUAAUAGAUGUCUAUGUUGCAUUUGCAUAUAUCUUGUGAAUAUUGUGUAUGCCUCUGUGAUGGUAAAACCGUUUAGUUUAUUUAUCGUGCAAUAUAUGUCUUGUAUCCGUAUUACCUACAUAGCGCCUUUUACCGCAUGUUGGCAUAGCAACAAAGUUGAUCAAUGACUGAUGUGCGGGUCAUAUCGUGUACCAGCUGUUAUUAAUUUUCAUAUUUAAUGUAACGAUAUAUGUAUGUAAUGAAUUGAAUAAAUGGAAGAAAAUA